GUGACUCUAGUCUGCGACAUCGCCACCAACCGCUUCGGUGAAGUAAUUUUCCAUAGCCGAGUGGCGCCAGAUGUCGGACAGCGAUGUGAACCGCAACUCCAUGGCGCAUUGAGUUAAGGCAUACUUGCACUUACACGCUCACUUAUAACUAGUACGGUUCCCUGAUUUUAAUGAGUUUACAUUUUUCUAUAGAGCCUCUCCCUCCUCCCCGUCCAACUUCCUUCGAGAUCAUGAAGGAGUUACAUGACAGUCGGUUCAAGGAGUUCCCCGUUAAACGGGACGCUGAGCCAGCAGAGGUUAUUUACGCCCAAUUUGCCCCUCCAACUCCACCAAAGACGUCUCCGCGAUGACGCAGAAAUCACCGUUGUCUCUUCCGACAAUGUCUUGUUUCGUUUACACAAGAUGAAUGUUCAAGUGACGUCCGGCGGUUUACUUCAAUCUCAAUCGAAAAGCCCAGGAAUUCAGGACGACUUCCUCACGUUGACAGAGCCAGCCGAUGUGCUGGAAAUCCUGUUCGAAUUUUUAUAUCCAGAUUACGAGACAGAUUUGGAGCGGCUGGAAUUCAACGCAUUGUUGAGCGUGGCGGAAGCAGCGGAGAAGUAUGGUGUGUUCUAUGCGAUGAGCCACUGUACAUUCUGCCUUCGGUGCGUAUAUCCUAAAGUUAUAUUCUCGUCUCUUGACCUAAUGACAUCCACUUGCAUCAGGAAACAUACGCUUUUCCAUUCUGCCGAACUGAUAAGGUUCGCAGUCAAGUACCGGAAAGAGAAGAUGUUGGCGGAACUUACUCCUGCUUUGCUGGACAUGGAACUUGAGGAGGUAAUCACCAUCUUACCACCGACAGCUUUUGGUGAAUUUGUGCGUGAUCCCAUCUCUGCCCAUCGUGUCGUGACUCGUUUUGAUGACUUCUGCCAGUGCAUCUUCCGCGACAGAUGGAUUAAAGUCCUUUUGAAGUGCUUUGCUCUGAUCAUUGAAUCCAGCGCCGACCACGAUCAGAACCAAAAUUACCCAUGUUUCAAGGAACCUCAAACACAGAUCACUCGGAGGCUAAAGUCCUUCCUGGACGACGCCAUAGCAAAACCUAGUUCUCUCUUCCCUGAUCAACUCGACCGAUCUUUUCUACAGCUUGAGGCCAUUUUGAUGGGUAACGGUUGUGCGUGGUGUAAAGACGCCUUCAUAACGUUCAAGGAUUGCGUGUUGGAUGAAGUGAAGGAACUUCCACGGACGUUUGCGGUUGAACUGUAUUGAUCAUGAGGUGCGCUAUGGAGGCUUCGGAGCGAGUUGUUUGGUUUGACAUGGACAUAUCUGACCGUCACAUUUUUCGCACAUAAUACGAGGUUGAUAGAUCGUUUCGUGUUUCACGAACUAGAGAAAGGACGACUCAUCAGGGUCAAUAUUCAGGGGAGAAGUCCCGAAUCCGAAGGGCGCUCACAGACAGUGUCCGUCUCUAGAAGUAAUGCCUUUGAAUCAUCUCUUUCAGGAGUAGUAGUAAUAUAGUACUACAUACCAUUAUCAUAUCAAUUCUUGGCGGUCUAUAAUGUUCAGCAAUAGGGCCUUGAAUCAUCAAGAGAGGUUCAGGUAAUUGGAACUUUAGCUU